GUGUGCGCGCCUGGCGGUGGCACCGUGAACGCGCAGAGGCUGUAGUGGGAGGGACUCCGCUCUGCCCGGAUUGACAGCUCGCUCCCUCCUGGUGUAGCCGUUAGCCCCGCUCCGUGACUCCACUACCGGCUGUUUGAAUGGUCUAACGGCGGAAAGCGGAGAGCAGAAACUGGGAUGAGAGUGUUAUAAAGAAGAAAAUCCAAGAAGAAAUCCAGAAGAAAUCCGCGGUUUUCCCGGAGUUUUAAUAAAAAGGUAAGAAACACUGAGAGUUAGCUCGAGGCUAACGUUAGUCAGCUUUACUGUCCUUGGAUUAGUUAGCGAGCUAAGAGCUAACUGUCUGAUUCAAACCAGGCUAGGCUAAACCAACAUGGAUGCUCCCUCUGUGUGUGUGUGUGUGUGUGUGUGUGUGUGUGUGUGUGUGUGUGUGUGUGUGUGUGUUUGAUGCCUGGAGAUUAUCCGCUUUAACCACGGUUUGAUUCCCCGAGCCGACCCGGUAUUUUCUAGUUCGGUUUCCAGUCACGAACCAGGAGCCCAGCAGACGUCUGAAGCUCAUCCUGCGGUCUUAUUAUCGAUUAUACUGAUUAUUACUAUCUCUCUGUCUCUAAAUGACAGAUUUACCAGGUGACAGAGUGAGGAAACCUCGCAGGAUAAAUCCGGAUUUACAGUUUGAAUGGUCAAGUGUUUGUGUUUCUCUCCUCUCUUUGUAACUUCCCAACAAACUUGAUUGAUUGAUAGCUCGUCGUCUGCAGGUUAUUUUGGAUCAAUAGCCAAGAGGUCUGAAUUAUUUCCAUUGUAUGUGGAGCUGUGUCUAUUGCUGGUGUAAUCUGAAAUAGCCGGAGAAGAGCCUCUGCUGUUUCUGUCCUCAUGCGAUAGAGAGGCAGGUGUUACAGGCAGACUGACUCUGUGUGUUUGAGAGAAAGAGAGUGAAUACAUGAAUAUAACAGGAGGUUUCAUUAACUGAAGUACACACUGGGAGGUUUGGUUAGAAUCAAGUAGGGCUGGGCGAUAUAGGAAAAAGUUUUUAUUUUUCAUAUCAGUCGAUUUGAGCUGGGGCGAUUUGUUGACAUAUUCCACUACAAAAAUUCGUUGACGCAAAAACCUGUGUCGACACGUCACAUGAUGGCGUGGAAAAUGGUUACUUCAGGUAACGGUGGACGACUGGACCCACCUAACAGAGUCGAUUUCAAACCUACUUUAUGAUGAUCUCUGAGCAGCUCCUCCUGUGUUCUUCCUCGCUUCCUCGUUCAUAUUUGUAGCCUUUUCUGUGGCGUGGCGCUGCUUCAGGUGGUGAAAAAGAUUGGAGGUAUUCCCCGACUUUGUGAGAACAUGUACUCAACAUAAUUUACAGUACACAUUACUCUGCUUCAUGACCGACCUCAAAAAACCACCACCAACAGUGCUGUCGGCUUCACCUGUUAAAGUGCUAUGGUUGGGUAUGGUAGAGAAACUCCCCUUUUCAUUGUCUAUUUGUAUAGUCUACCAAAACAUGGCAGAAUGUCGACUAUCGAAAAGGAAAUUGACCAUGUUUUAUUUUGAUAUUGAGGGAAAGUAAUUGUCUGUAUAUAUCAAGCAGUUAUUACGGUCACAGAACCAUGUCCUGAUACAGAACCACUUGGCAAACCUGGACUAGAUUAUCUUGGAGGGCCUAUCAGAGAUUUCAGGGUUUAUGCACUGUCUUCUGUUAUAGUGAGUCUAAUAAUUACAAAAGACCCACAUGGGAUGAAUAAAGAGUAUAUGCUGCUGCUGUUGAGAUCUCCAGAAAAGGUAUCAUCAAUAAAUAGUAUAAUGGCUUUUCUCGCCUUUUUAGAUUGAAGUUUGAUCAGCAGUGCAUCUCCAGACAUGAAGGCAGACAGCUCAGUGUUUUAAAAGCCACAUCGGUUCAUCCUCAGGCCACACUGAACUCAGGGAGUGGCUGAUCACUUAUGGUGUAGUUCAAUGUUUCAUGUCUUUUAAUCGUUUUUAGACCCCCCUGAGCGCCUCUUUACAAAUCUGCAUCAGCUCUUAACAUCACGUCAUCUCUCUGACUCAGCGGGGGUCUUCUGGUAGUGUUGGAUGAUGUCAGCAGGAUGAUGAUGUCUGGCGUGAGCGGUCAUCAGUGAGUCAGAUAAGAGGCAGCAGUCACAUUAAAUCAGGUUACACCUCCAGAACAGAGCAGCAGCAGUAGGUCAGAGGAGAGAUUAUCACUGCUGACACUCUGCAGGAUAUAAAUGUGGUUUAUAUAUAACUAAUUUAUGACCAUUUUUUCUCCGUGUCGGCGAGGAUCGCCCGGUUUGCACCAUGUGAAUGUGAAUAUAAAUGACUGAAAUGUUUGACUCUUUGGAUAAAAACACAGAACUCCACAGUGCGACUGUUUCACUCACAUUUGCAACUAAAACAGAUGUGUGCAAAUUGUAAAAUGUAUUGAGGGUCACAUGUGCGUUUACAAAAAUUAGCAGAGGCAACAAAUGUUUUUUCACGCGGUGAAGUUAGUUUUAGGUUGGAUAUAUUUUCCUGUAAAUACGGUGGUGAAGUUAGUUUUAGGUUGGAUAUCUGACGGAUAUUCACUGAGGAUCUACCGGUGUCUUCUUUACUCUCUGGUCGGGCCCUAAUGUCAUGUGACCAAUUGGCCUAAAAUUGAUUUUAAAUAGUAGUAGUUAAGUCGACCAAUAAGACACACCUCUUUACUUCCCUAAUUUGUCCUCAUAAGAUUUUUGUGUUAAAUUUGAAGGCAAAUUUUGAACAUUUUCUACAAUAGCCCUGAUGUCAUGUGACCAAUUGACCCAAAAUUGAUUUAAAAUAAUAGUACUGAUAUCGACCAAUAAGACACACACACCUUACUUUUUCAGCGUAGGUGUCAAGCCCUGAAUCACCCGUUAAACUCCUGUAGAAUUAGAGCGAAGCCCGCCAGUUUUCAGGUUAUACAGGAAACACAAACUAUCCUGUUUGAAAGUGUCGAGAUCCAGCUCCGAUCAAGAGAUUUACAGCUUCAGCUCUUUAAAGUGUAAAUAUUUCCAUAAAGCUAGAUUAAAUUUUGUUUAUUACUGUUCGAUGCAUUUUUCCAUUUGUUCUCCUCUGAAGGAUUUCAACCCCCAACCCGCCCUAAAAAGGAGCAGAUUCAUGUUUUCAUAUAAAUCCCUUCUGUGCGGAUCCUAAACUGGAGUAUUAGCUGUGCUGAAGUGUUUCCUGUCAGAGUGUCUCUUCCAUGACCCUUGAAAACCUAAAAUUAUCCCCCAGCUGGGAUCCCUACUUUGGCUCUCUGGUAUUUGGUUCUGAUAUUUGUAUCCUCUCAGUGUGACCCGGUUCGUGUUCAGUCUCUGACAUUAGAAUCAAAAGAGUUGAUGUCGACAGCAGGAACUGAGCUCUACAGAACCACUCCAUUCAUGAAUGAUUGAACCUCAUUUUCCGACCCGAUGAAUGAGUGACAGACCCGCCCAGUUCAGAGUAUUUUUAUCCUUUUAUUCUGUACGGUUAUUCCAACUGAAUUUACGCCGCCUGACUUCAAAAAGAGAGAGGGUCUUGGCUGUUGCUGUCAGCUGUCAUGUGGGUCUCACUUCCUUGCGUACACAUAUAGAAGGUUAAAGGUGUAAAAACAAGACGUCUUACACUCGAUAACUUUGUUGUGCACAAAAGAAAGACGUCUUAACAGAGGUGCACCAUACUUUUCUGCACAUUUGUGAAAACCUGCAUUUGAAUAGGAUUAAGUUUUUUUUUUGCACAGAUUUCUUAAAUACAAAAAGGUCACGAGUCACGAGUAAAUCAUUGCACAGCUUAAAAACCUGGGUGGUAAAAGACAGACGAAUCAGAUCUGAGGUUAAAACGUCAAGAGAGAAUUUCUACAAACUUCGAACAGAGUUUCUCAAUUUAUCAUCAGCUUUUUACAACUUUUUUCAAAUAAACCAGAGCAUUUUGAAUCAGAUAAUCAUAUUUAAAUAUAUUAAAUAAUCAUGUUAUCAGAUUUAGUGAAUGACUUGGUAUCAGCUUCUCAAAUGAAAACAAUCGCAGCUUUAAAUCAGAGUGAAAUAACAAGUCCUGUAUUUCAGAUCUUGUUUAAGUUAAGGUCCUUUCACACCGGGACCGUUUUUGUCGUGCGAUUAUUUCAGACAUCAAUAUUUUUUUUGAACCCGUAUCCUGUCAAUACAAGCGUUCACAUCAGUGACGUUUUCCCGUCCUGCGAUAUUGCGGCAUUGUGGUCGUUUUUUCUAAAGUUUCGCAGACUGUGUGUCCACUUCCGACCAAUCAGAUUUCGUGUUGUUGCGACGAUCUGAAACAUUAUAAAGAUAAUGACCUGAAGGACAACAUAUCUUUGGAUUUCUCAUAUGACAAUGGUUUAUGUGCUUUAACAGUUUGAUAAACGUCUUUGUUUGAACUUUCAUCUGUGCUAAUGUAAGAUAACGGUUGUUAUCAGAGUUUCAUGUGUUUAUCUUGUCGCCUCUGAUUGGCUAUAAGUGCUGACGGUUUGGCUUGAGCGUGUGAUGACGUCUUUGUGAACUCGCAAAAUCGCAUCGGGCUUGAUAUGUAAGGUCAGGCGCGUCAGAAUUCGGCUCAGAAUAUUUCAUAAUUUCACGUUCUAUACUCGCCCCGGUGUGUACGGGGUUUUAAACUACAGGAUUGUUGUCCUCUCUAAAGUUUAAUUUAAUCAGAUUUAAACAGUAAAAUGCAGAAAAACUGGAUUAUUUUUGAUUAAAGAUUUACUAAACAAGAAAAGGUUUGACCCGCCGAGGCCGAGAACAGAGCUGUGGACACUUUUACUCCGUCGGUGUGAAAUAGUUUUACUGUAUUUGGUUCUGAGGAUUCCUGAGUGUUGAGUUUAUGAGGGUCAAAGGUCGUCCUCUCUGUUAGUGUAAAUUGAGUUCGUUCAGAGUCAUGAGUCGCUCCACCUGCUGUUUUCUCCAUGUGUAACUGCUGGACUUCUCUUACAGCAGGAGACUCAGGAAAAGCACAUUUUAACUCUGACUGUAAAUAAUGAGGAAAUGGCGCCCGGUCUAACCUCAUGUCAUGAGUCUUGUCAUGAGGACGUCCCAGGUCCUGUGAUAACGGGUCACAUGGUUCCUGUCAGAUACUCACCUUCACUUUCCUUUUCCCUUCAGUCGUCAGGCUCUGGCUCUGCCUCCCCCUCCCCUCUGAGCUGCUCCCUCCUCUGUCUGUCAGUCCAUCUGUGUCCCCCCCUCCCCUCCAUCUUCAUCAUCAAUCUCGCUGUUCUUCUCCAUCGUCCUCCUCCCUCUGUUGUUUGACAGUGCUUUAGUCCUGGUGGAUCCUGAAUGAAAAGUGUGAUUCUCACUGCAAACCUGUUAAUGAUGUUCAGAGAGACUUUGUGAUUUUAUCAAGAUUAAAAUAGAGCAGCAGGAUUUAUGCGGCGCUGCUGCUGCUGCUGUCACACCUGAGCUGACUGAGCGCGCUCACUGAGCUGUGAGGCGUGCUGAGGAACUAUCUGCUGCUAGAGAAACAUUUGAUGUGACAAUCACAGCACCAACCUCCUGAAAUAUCACGUUUAACUGUGGAUUAGACAUAAAAAACACACACACCAAACCUCAGCGUGAAUGACUCCCAUCUAGAAAAUAAAUCUACUUUGAAGAGUCUGACCAUAUAAUAAGUUUUCCUAUUAUGAACUCUACUAAACAUUUAAAUCUGCAACUUCGAGCCAGUUUCACUAUCGAUCAUUUAGCAGAACAUUUUCAUGAGUAAAAUCUACACCCUGGGUCAGAUUUAAGUCUAAAUUCAACUUUUUUUGUUCUUUAUUUACUUGUUUUUUAUUUGUUGAUGGUAAAGUCUGAAUUUCUGAGAUUUUUUAUGAACUAAAAUUAAAGCAAAGACUGGCAGCAACUUUUUUACGUGUGCCAUUUUCGCUCAGUUGGUGGCGUGGGCGCUUCAUGGAUGUCGGCGUAAGAUCCGAUCCUGGUCCUGAUAUGAUUUAGUGAGGUUUAAACCUCAUCCUAUGAAAUUAAAGGGAUAUUCCGGCAUAAAAUCAAGUUAAGGUCGCUCUAUAGGUGGCGUUUUAGUUGAGUGUGCCAUAAUAUCCCUUUAAGGCUGAAAAAAAAACUUUAAAAAAUGAUUGAAAAAUUUUAGUUUAAAGGUCAAAGUCACUGCAGCUCUAAAACGUCUCCACAGUGAAAUCUUCCUCUUCAGGGUCCAAGUCAUUACUGUGAUGCACUCUCCUGCACUGUUAGCAUGAGUGUGUCCAUAAAGAAGCUCGUACAGACAGACAGCUGAUCAGACAUUCACUAAUGAAUUGGAUCGUUCUUUUAGCAUCACAGCGUCUUUAAACCGAGGCGUAGAAAAUAAAAGCAGAAACUGAAGAGCUGAGGGAGAGACGUGGAAGUGGGCGUGAGUUUAAUCUGACAGAAAUACCUUUUCUUUUUUUUCCCCAUUUAUCUCAGACAUGUAAUCUUUUUCACGUACCUUGACAUGUCUCGGCGGAAACUUUCGCCCUCCGCAGAGGAAAUAUGUCAAGGUAUGUGAAAACGAGUACAUCUGAAAAAAAUUCAAAGAAACUGAAGAUUUAAUGAACGUCAUUCAACAUUGAUAGAAAUACCUUUUCCCCCCACAGUGGGCCCUUUGUGCUCAGCUUAAUGUAGUUUCUCUGAAAUCACUAAAGAAGUUAUAGAUGUUGUUAAACUCGUGCAGAUAUCUACCUACAAACAAACGCUGACUCUUCAAAGGUAGCAUCAUUCUCUAUUCCAGCGUAAAAUUAAUUUAGGGUCAAACCCACCGUAACACCGAGUUAGACCCCCCCCUCCAGAGAUGAAUGUUGCCGACCGCUUGCUUCUCUAGUUAUACCAACUUUAGUAACGACCACAGGAUAGUAAUACAGAGAGCCACGCCCCCAACCAAAACGCCACUCUAUAGCCACAAAUAAUGCUCAGAACAGCACCUAACUUCAUCAACAGGACAUAUAGGGUCACAGACAUAGAACUAGACACCAAACAUCUUUUUAACUUUGACUCAUUUCUUUAGCAAAGAGACUAAACACAACUCACCUACUCUCUUCCAGCAGACGCUUGUUUGAAGUGAGACCUCAGGCCAGUCCAUUACAGACUACAGCGGGGUGCCGCAGCUCAAGGAAGAACAUUUAUGAUCACUUCUUUAUCAUUUCCUUGAAGUAAUAAUCUCCAUAUUAAUCAUUUUACAGACGCGGUAGUUCUUCUGCCUUAGCGUCUCGGUCUGAUUGUAUUUCCAUGAAGAAAUGAUCAUAAAUGUUCUUCCUUGAGCUGUGGCACCCCGCUGUAGCCUGUAAUGGACUGGCCUGAGGUCUCACUACAAACAAGCGGCUGCUGGAGGAGAGUAGGUGAGUUGUGUUUAGGGGGUGUUUAACUCGGUGUUACGGUGUGUUUGACCCUAAAUUAAUUUUACGCCGGAAUAUCCCUUUACUAGGUUAACAAGGGGGUUAGUUUUUCCUCUGGUUCCACUGAUAGGAGCCAAGAGGAUUUUUGGUCAUCACUAAAAAAUCUCAAAAGUUCGGACCUGUAACCUGUUUUUGGACGGAACCACCUUCAUAUUUCAGCGAGACGACACCAAACAAAGAUCUGCAGAUAUCCUCCAACAGCAUGGCUCUGUAGUAGAAGAGUCCAGGUCGAGUAAUUAUUGGGUUUAAAUGAUAUUUCUGAACCAUCAGUUUAUGUUUUUAUCAACACUUUUUCUUGUUUGUUCUUAAAAACGUCUCUGCUCUCUUCAAAGUUGGAAAGCUUGAGUCAGACCACGAAACUCAGUAAAUACAGAUUAAUGUGAAGUGGCCGACAGUCUCUACAGUCUAUUACAGCGAUCGCUUUAAUCAGGCUUUAUAAUUAUGUGAGGAAUUAACCGUUGGAAAAUCUUUUAAGCUCGUGUUUAGGCAUCUCAUUAAAAAUCCGUUUAAAAAUCAUUUACCGACUAAUUAGGAAUAAUCGUCCAGCGGUGGUUUUCAGGAGAUUAUUCGAACUGUUGAUAUUUCUGUGUUCGCUGCUCUUUCUCGUCUCUGGCUUCAGCCGACGUUCCCGAUACAAAAGGGAAGAAAAACCUUUGUUUGAUUUUCUCACUUCUUCUUCCAAUCCAAACAGCAGGAAACAAGCGGCUGCUGGUUUAGAUGUUUUUGAAACAGCUCAGGAGACUUUUUAAUGUCAUUGUUCGGUAAAAGAAGAAAACAAACUGAGGAAAUUUAAAAAAAAAAACUGUUUUUAUAUGAUUCAACCGUGAGCUGAGUUUUGAGUGAAUACAGACAGAGAGAGAGAGAGUUUGUAAGUUUCCUGUUUCCAUGUGUGUAGCAGCUGUGUUUACCAUAUAUAAAGGCCUCAUUACAAUCUAUUGAUUCAGAAGCGGGGCCACAUGUGUGUGUGUUUGUGUUUGUAACCUGAUCUGAAUGAAUGAAUGAGGAGACACACACUUUACAAUCAACAAUCACGCCAUCUUUUUAUUCCUCUGUUCACCUCUGGAUUUUGUUUUUCAUUUUACUCUGAUGAUAAUUAGGCAGCGAUGAGCGUUAAUAUCAGAUCAUUUAAGUUUGAUUUUAAUUCAACUUACUUUGACUUAAACAUGUUUUUUUAUGGACCAGAAGUCAAAGCGUGCUCUCUGAGCGUCCUGAAGCCACAGUCCUCGUCAGAGCGGUUGCUGGUUUGACUCCUGGCCGUGACCCUUAGCUCCGUGUCAUCCUCUGCUCUCUGCUUCCCAUCUCUCUGUCUCUCUUCAGCUGUUUUGCCUGAUUAAAAAUAACAAAAAUAACAUUAAAAAAUGUAGUUUUUUCAAACAGCCGUGCAGCCAAAAAAAUUCAUAACAACCCAAGAUCACAGAAAGAAAAAACAUCUUAAUGCGCCUUUGGGUGGAGAGUCUAACCCCCAAUUUCCACCGCAUCCGGAACGUCUACUAAAAGGUCGUCUCCUCCGAUCGUAGCUGAUCGUAACCAUUCAAGUUAACGUGUCAAUUUCCACCGACUUCUUUCCGUUCCUCUGAGGAUCGCGGGACUCCACAGCUGAUCACAAAAAUUUGACAUUCCACAUUUCAACUGUUGUCAGAAUGUGGUUUGGGGUCAUUUGAAGGUCUUCCCUGAAAAAUUCUUUGUCUGGAUGGACGCAGAUGUUGCUCCUAAACCUGGAGAUAUUGUCUAAAACUGAGGAUGCAGCAUCUAUGAUUUCCAACUCUUUGUUGAAAGGACAGUUGGACUUACUUGGGACGUUUGCAUCUUAUCAGGAUACCUUCUGGACGCCUUGCUUGCGAGGUGUUCAGGACAGGUCCCACCAGUAGGAGACCACUAAGAAGACCCAGGACACACUGGAGGGACUUUGUCUAUGACUAUGUCUCACCUGGCUUGGGAACUCCUCAGGGUCUCCUGAGGAGAGGGAAGUCUGGGCUUCCCUGCUUAGACUGCUGCCCUCACGACUCGUCUCCGGAUGGUGCGUCACAGUCUUCCUGACACCUCUACCGCCUCUCUCAGGCCUUCAGUCUUCUCUUAUUAUCACUAACCAGCUGAUCUGAGGCCUGUGAGUAAACGGAGAACUCGUACUCUGAGAUGUUAAACUCCAUCAUGAGAGCCGUGUUGAUAAUAGCAGACGAGAGUCGUGGUCAAACUCCCCACAGACCACUGAGAGAUUAAUAACUGAGCGGUGAGGAUCUGUGUUAUCGUCGGUGUUGAAGGACCAGCUGCUCAGUCUUCCUCCAUAAAACCGUCUCAUGAAGCGUUUUCUAAAACGUGCUUCUCUAUAUUUAACUGUGUAGCAGGAACUUUCCUCUGUUCUCCAGGGGCUACUAGAAAACUGAAUAAUUGAGAAGUGUGUGCGACAAUUCAUGGAAUGCAGCGAUUGAAUUAUUAAUGGUAACUGUGUUAUACUAAAGCCCUGUGAAAGGGGCGAAACCAGGUAAAAUCUGCUGGAGGAACUUAAGAAAUUCAAGAGAAGGUGAAGAUGAAGGAAGAGAGGGAAGAGAGUGAAACUCAAAGAGAGAGUAAGUGUUAUCUCAAAGCAAAGGAGGAGGGAUCGCUGAGCUGACACGCUGACGAAGGAGUGAUGACGAAGGUGUGGAGGAGAGAAAGGAAGGAGGAGGAAGAUGGUGUAGAUAAAGAGAGAGGCAGCAGCUGUUUUCUUUAGUUUUAUGUCAGAGUCCAAGAAAAGAAACAGAAAAUGGAAAAGGUCUCGGUGCAUUUCUGAAAAAAAGUCAAAUAUUUACAUCAAAGCAACUCCCCUUUUGGUAAAGUCUACCUAAACAUGGCAGGAUACCGGCUAUCGAAGAGCAUAUUGACCAUGUUUUAUAUCGAUAUCGAGGGAAACGAAUUUUUGAUAAAUAUCGUUAUUGUUUUAUCGCCCUGCUCUGAAAUAAAGGAGCUGUGCCGUUAGUGGACAUUGGCCCUUAAAUUUGGGGUCAAAUUAUUACAUCAUUAAAUGGUAAUGACAUGAUUUCAUAUUCAUGAGUUUAUCUAGUUAAUAAUUACAGCUGCAUAAAUGAGAUGAACAGGUUAGUAAACUAAAGUCACUGACUGCUCCAUUCAUUCACUCCAGCUCCUCUUUGUCCGCGCUCCUCUGGAUAACAUGACGGUGAACUUGUUAUCUGUGAGUCAAACAAAGGAAGUAAAGAGGACUCUUAGAGAAAACUCCACUGUGACCGAGGUCUCAGAAAUCCUCAGACUGAGUCUGCUUUGUUGUCUGACUCUCCGGGCUUUAAAAUAAGCGCCGACUGUGACUCCGACACUUUCAAGUGGGAUAAAAAAAAGAUUAAAUCUCUUUCACCUUUACUCCAGAUUUUUUUUUCUUUAUUAAGUCCUCAUUGAGUUUUUACUUUAUUCAGCCAGACUCAGACGAGACAAGGUCUGAAUAAAAUCCUGAUUUUAAAACCCUGUUACAGAACUUAAAGGAGAACGUUAAGGCCUGAGUGAGUCCUGCAGUAGUUUGCUGAUAUAAGUUGUAGUGUGGGGGUUUGUAGACCAUAGAUGUAGACCAGGUCUGCUGUAUCAGACCUGCUGACCCUGCAGGUGUUCACCAAAUCUAACUACCAGUAAAGAAGUCGAGUUCAGACUGUAGACGUGAGCUACAACCCACGAGUCAAAUGAACUACACCCCUGAUUAUGCAAACGUAUGCAACAGUUUAGCCCGUGUGUGUUGGAGAAAGGUAACCAUGGCAACCAAGAGCUCGUUAUAUUCAAGGUGAUGCUGAUUAAUGUUUUCUUUUUUAACCAGACUGUAGAAAUGUGUAACCUCGCUCCAAACGUGCAUUAGAAGGUGGGGUUGGUAGGAUUCUGAAUUUAAUUGGAACGAUACGAGCGAGCAGGAGCGUCUGUUUGUGGGCGGGGCUUGUGGAGCAGAGAGGAAGGGGAUAGGAGGAGCUGAGGGGAAAACUGGUUGGGAGGGGUAGAGUUUAUAUUCAAGAUUUCUUCCUCAGAUCCUGACUACCCCACCUUUAAGAUGAGAUCCAAUGAGGAUUCUUCAUCUUUUAAAGACUGCCCCUAGUGGACAUUUAGGGAGCUGCUGUGUCAAGCUAACCCAGUAUUGUGUUGGUGUUGUAUUACCCUUUGUGGGGUCAGUUUUCAACCUCUAUUUUUGGAUCCAAAAAGAGAUAAAAAACAGCAGCAUAAUUAAACUAUUACAAUAUUUUCUGUUAAUGAAAUAAGGAAGAAAAAAAGAGCCAAAUGUUGAAUAUAAAAAAAUCUACAUUUCAGUGUAAAUGAAUCUACUUUAUUUGAGCAGGUGUCAACAUCAAGAUGAGAAGAGUUUCUUCUUUCUGCACUUACUUUAGUAAAAACACUGUAUGUUUGUGUGUGUGAGAUAGAGAGAGAGAGAGAGGGAGUGGAUUUAUGUUUAUAGACCACAGCUGGUAGCUGGUGUUGGCAAUAAUACUGACUAAUGAUCUGUGUCUUUCCUGCCAGACUGGAAUCUGUUUGGAAUAAAUGAACGCCGAUUCUUGUUGUGUAAAAAAAGCUGAAACUGCUGCUUUGUUAUCUGAGCGGUCAGAGAAAAGAAACUGUUCAGUUUACAGGCUUGGAGGCAAAUCUCACCCCUGGAUGAUUCGCAGUUUUGAAGAGCUUCUUCUGAGUCUUCAGAAGAGUAUUUAGAUUUCUGAUCCUGACGAGCACUAGAAGAGAAAAACGCCGUUCUUUGUCCUGGUUAAACAUCGAGAAUCAGACGAGCAGUUUGACAACAACGACCGUUUAAAGUCUUUGCUGAAAUAUUUUUAUUUAGAGGAGAAAAAAUGUGGAACCUUGACAAAACGCACAUGCAGUGACUUCUUUAGAGAUGACGCAGACUUGUUUGGUGAUAUCUAGCAGGCAUAUUUCUAGAUAUCUCACCCCUGUAGUCAGUGUAGAGACGGUGGCUUUCAGGGACAAAAAGCUCCUGUGAUGCACAAUCCUCUUUUAUGAAUCUAAACUCUGUUCCACACAGACCUCCACAGUGCAAACAUGGAUGUUACUAGUUUGUCCAUUCUGAGCUACUGUAGAAACUUCCAGAGCAGGAUGGCAGAGUGACAGUUUAGAGGUCCUCUUGUGAUACUCUUGUAGAAAUGACUGUCUUCAGGGGAAGGACUGACAGAAGCUGGAGUGAUUUCACUCUGACUUUGUGCCAAUUUGUACUUCCUAGCAGUCCCUUUAAACACCAGCACACAUACUGUUUAUAUAUAUAUAUGUUAAUUUAUAUAUAUAUGUAGGUUGGCUUCAUUGAAGACAAUGCUGAGUGUCACUGAGUGCAUCUGGGAAAGGGCUUUGGUGUUCAGCGAAUCUUCCCCUGGAUAGACGUUUAAUACCACUGACUCUGCAGGCAAGGACACGUACGUGCACACUUAUCCCAUCAGGAACAGAAUCAGAUGGGUUCGAGUGUGUGUGUGUGUGUGUGUGUGUGUGUGUGUGUGUGUGUGUGUGUGUGUGUGUGUGUGUGGUCACUGAACCCUCCCUUUACCUUGCUGUCCACAGGACCUUAGGGGGCGGGUCUUUGAGCAGAACUGGAGCAGGCUCCAAAAACAACAUCAAUCAGACAAUGUUCGAAAACCCACCGACACAAACAGAACUGCAGCCUGAGUGCAGCUCAGAGUCAAAAUACAGUAAAAUACCGUAAAUACUGUAAAACAUCACUGUGAAUUAUACUGAUAUGAUGCUCUGGUCCAGUGUUGUCUCAUGACUGCUGUGUGAAGAGGGUCAUCAUGUUAGACACCAAGAAAGAACCCCGGCCUAUUAUACCCCAACCUCCCCCCUCACACACACACACACACACACAAACACACAAACCCAAACACACACAUUGUUUGUAGUUCGUGGAUAAGCGUUAACAGAAUCGCCACGUUCCCCAACUGUUUGUUUGUUGAAUCAUCUCAUGACAGGAAGUCUUCGCCUGAUUUAAAUCUGGAUAAGAGGAAGUGAGAAAGUCCUCCAGGACCAGGAGCAGCUCCACAGAAAGUGUGGACUGGACUUUAAUUUCAUGACAACCAUUCCUGACGAGUGUGAAUCCUUGGAAAGAUCAAAUUCAGACGCUCUUUAACUCAAAGAAAUGAACUCUAAGAAAGUCUUUCAGAGCGCUGACUCUCUUCUCUCAUUGGCAGAGCUUCUGAAAACCUUCAAACAGCCACGCCGCUCGCUCGCUCACUCGCUCUCGCCCCCUCCUCCUCCUUCGACACACAAAGCCUGCAGCUGGUUAAUAAUAGCGCAUGAUUUGUCGAAGCAUGAUGGACAAGCGCUCUGUGCCACAUGUUACUUUCAUGCUCCUGUUUUUAUGACCAUCAUGUCUCCCUGCUUCAGAUGUUUGUGAGAGGAUUUACGUUCAUGCCGUGUGCAGGAAUUAUAAACACCGAGCUGCUUCAUGGGUGAUUGUUUUUGCUGUUGUUAUAAAUCCUGCAGAUUGACUGUGUGAGUCACAGUGAAACUAAAACAGCCACAUGUUUAACACUUUCAAAACACUCGAGUUCACAUGGAGACGAUGUCAGCGAUGUGUGGACAGAUGCUCGUACGUCUUUGUGUUGGAAAGCGUGUUGUUCUGAGCUGAUGCUGUUUACACAUGACAGGAAGGUUGGACAAGAUGAGAACGUUUCUGCUUUUCACUCAGGAGCGAUGAUGACUCUGUUUCAGUCUGGAGUUUGAAUCUUGAAAAUUGAUUAUAGAUUAAAAGGCUUCCUGCUGUGCGUUUCUUGUAUGUGGAGACUCCUGAGUGUCGAGGACAUUUUAGAAACUUUGAUUUGUUGUUCUGUGUUUUGUUUCAGUACCACAGCAACGACAACUGAACCUGAAGGCACCAAAAACUGUCACUUUUGAUUUCCAACCUGCAAAAACUGAUCAUACAGAAGCGAUUACUUGACAUGGAGCAACUUUUAGUCACCAAAAAAAAGGAUUUAGUUUCAAGAAAAGUGGCAUUUCAUGAGUGCUGAGGUCUGGAUGUGUUUGUGAGUUUGUGGGAGCGAAAUUUCCGGGAAACAAUCUGGACAUAAUCUGAGAAAAAUGAAGACAUGUUCUCAGAGGCCAGGGGUAAUAUUAAACUCCAUUAUUCUCAUAAUAACUUAUAAUAACAGAAUAUGUACCAAACACUGGGAAAUGCCUGAAUUUUAACUCAUCAGCUGCAGCCUCACCUGGUGUGUAAACUUUAACUUCGCUGUCUGGGACUCAAAAUAAGAGAAAUGAGUUUAUUCAGCACAUAAAUAAUGUAAAAUGUUAUAAAGUUAAAGUUAAUCUCUGCCGCCUGGGAAACUCAUUGGACCCUCAGGUUUCCGUCACUCUCUUUACAUUGUGCGUUAAAUCUUCUCGGUCUGAAUGGUCGGUUUACCCAACAGCUCAUUUCAACGCCGUACUGGAUUGGCUGAGGCCUCAGGUGGGCCGGGUCAUCGGUGUGGCCUCACUGUGGCUGAUACCACACUCACACACACACACACACACAUACAGGAGCACAGUCGCUGUCAGUGUGUUGAUAAUCCUUGGGGUACGGAUGCCUCGCCCUCAUUGGUUAAUCCCGGUCAGGUGGGAGUGAAUCUGGGUUGUGACUGGUUAAUCCCGGGCAGAGUAGUAUGCAGGAUUUAAGGAGGUGUUAAAUCAAUGUGUUGUCAGCCGUGUGUGUGUGGAGGCAGGAGCAGCCAUCUGCUGCCGUAUAGAUUUAAAGUCACAGCGAACACGGAAAUGAGCAAAUCAGCUGUUUACACGUCGUAUAUUUACACCCAGAUUGUUUGUUGGUGGCUCUGUGUGUGUUUGUGUGUCUUUGUGCUUUUCUCCCACCCUGUGUGUCUAAGAUUAUCCCUGUUUGUUAGGAAAGCAGUCAGUCAGUGACGAUCUGCUAAAGUUAAGCUCCUCCCACUCACCGCCCUGUAAGUUCAACACAAACACUGUUGUGGUGUAGCGGCAGGUUGACCAGAUUUGACCUUAUUAUCAUAGACAUAUCAGCGAUUUCAUGUUAAUUACACUGAACUAAGACACGUUUGAGGUCCUCAUUACAGCCGUCUAACCGUGUGUCAAACAGAGGCUUGAAUUGUGUAGCUAACAGUGUUUACACUCAGAGAAACCAGCUCUCAUUCUGAACUUAUUAUGGGUUUCAUGUUUUCAGGAUAAUUGUGAGUUAUUCAAGUUCACUUGUGAGUUUCCAUUAAUCACAAACAGUUUUUUUGUUCUUGUUAAUGAUGUAAAUCAAUUAUCAGAGCUGCCUUGAUUUAGGAAUUAAAUGAAAAGUGAAGACUGAGAAAGCUAACUCUUCACACAUGACCGUAAAGGAAAAGUUGUUUUGUCCAGAUAUUGAACUGUUGGCAGCUGCUCUUCUGCCUUAUUAUGGUCUAAGGGAGUUCAGUCAUACCAUAGCAACACUUGUGUUAGGGGUGGGAGAAAAAAAUCGAUUCACAUAAGUAUCGCAAAUAAAGUUUUUAAUCGAUUUUUAUGUUCAAAUUUUUUUUUCAAAUUUAAGAAUUAAUCUUAAAAACUGACUUACGUGUGAUGUGUAUUUUUGGGGAAAUAUGGUUCCUGGAAUAGUCAGUAGCCAAUCAUCAUCAUUCACCCUUUUGACUGGUAUUAAAAAUGCAGAUUGAAGAUCAAGAAAAUCGACAAUAUCGUAGAACCGCAAUUUAAAUCGAAUCGGCAUCUAAAAAAUCGUAGAAGAAUCGAAUCGGGAGAAAAGCAUAUCGUCCCAGCCCUAACUUUGUUUACAUCCCACUCAAGGCAACAGCUGAAGUUCCGUGUGAUGUUCUCCUUGAUACUGUCGCUAGGAUACAGACUCAACAUCUUGUUUAACAAAAUACAACAGUGGUGGACGGAGAGAUUCAGAAGAUCUUUCGUACCCACAGUCAUCAGACUUCUUAGUUAUUCUAUUACUGAACUGAAGACUGUCAUGGCCGUUAAAUAUCCUGAUACUAUAAAGAUAUUAAUAGAAAAACUUAAAGAAAACCGCCCACUUCUACCUCAAAUCAACAACAGACUGGUUAUUUGUCAUCAGAGAAGUGUGUGAUACAAAAUUUAACUACCAGUAGAUGAAUCACACAGCAGAUUUAUCCUAAAGAGCCUCAUUUUUAAAAACUUUGUUCAAACUUCAUAUUUCUUGUUUUAUCAGUGAGUUAUUUCUUCAUACUUGUGAUCAAGAGUCCUGAGUCUGCUGGGAACCAUGGUCUGAGCUCUGGUGUGAGGCCUCGUCUUCCUGUUCUUAGUUUAAGUCUGGCCGUCUGCUGCAGGCUGUUUGUGGGGCUGAAUUGGCUUACUGUGGUCUCUCUAAGCCUGCUAACCCCCAUACACCUGCUGUCUGACAGGGGAGGGCUCUCUUUUACCGCCGGGGUUAAAGGUCAGGGAGUGGAUUUACGUCUGAAACCAUUUUUUCUUCUGCACAGAGAAAUAAUGUACUCUUCAAUUCUGCAGUUGAACAGGCCCCCUAUUCUGCACAUGAACACCUCUAAUAAUCGUCCCUUUAUAUUUAAAGGUGGAUAAUCUGCCCACUGUUGUUGUUGUUGUUGUUGUUGUUGUUGUUGUUGUUGUUGUUGUUGUUGUUGUUGUUGUUGGGUUGGUUGUAUUUGUGUUGUAGGGUGUGGUUUAGUUACCUCACCUAAACUCUGUGACUCUGCGGUCUAGUUCCCGUCUCUGAGUGAUCCGCUCACCUCCUUUCUUCAGUUUAGCAUAGAUGCAACAUUACAUAAUAGAAGUCUCACACAGUAUAGACAGUAUUUGUUAAAGGACUCUCCGAGUUAAAGAGGCUUUGGUAAAGAAGUAACAGGUGUCUGCUCUCUGCAGCAGGUAAACUUUAGUCCACUCAAACGUCAGGAUGACUCCUGAUCCAGGAUUUUUUUGGUAGUUUGAUAGACUCAAAUAAAAACUAUUCCUGUAGUUUGAUCCUGUCUCUGUAGUUGUAGUUUGUUUGAUCCUGCUUCUGUAGUUUCAUCCUUUUCCUGUAAUAUUUCCCGCUCCUGUAGUUUUAUCUUGUUCCUGUAGUUUUAUCAUGCUUCUGUACUUUAAUCUUAUUUCUGUAGUGUUAUCUUGUUUGUUCUCUCCUGCUCCUGUCGUUCUUAUCGUCCUCUCAGCGUCUUCAGCAGCAGCAGCUCCUGCAGUCAUGCGAGGCCCAUCCAGGACACAGAUUAUAAAUCGGCCGCACACGCUUUCCUUCCUGGCCAAGGCGAUGACCUUAAGUAACUCUGCUCUAAGUCAUUUAUUCCUUUCACUUCCUGUAAACACAUCACACCCAUAAAUCCCAUUUAAAGGCAUAUUAAUAGACAAGACGGGCUUGAACCUUCAGCUUUCAGUGUCAGAGGAGAAGAGAGACGUUUGAUUUUUAUGAUUCCUCUCUCAUGAACUCUGACGGCUCUUUCUCUCACGUGGAAGAAAAGUUUCUACUUUCACAAGUUUGUGUUAAAGUCCAGACCUGAAUUUACUCUGAUAUAUAAGAGCAAAAAGAAGAAAUGUCCUCUCAGUCUGCAUGUUACCUGUAAACUCUGUCCAGACUUCAGACCUGAUGGAGAAGAUAACAGUGAUGUUGAAGACAGAGUCAUGUGGAGACCUGUCUGUGUUUUUUUUCACCCUGAAACUCUCACAGUUUUACUCGGAGGAGUCAGGUGAUGUUGUGAAGUCGUCUGUCAGCUGAUUCGUAGAGGUUUGGGCCCUCUGUGGUUGUCCUACCUGCGGCAACAGGACAAUCACGCCCCCUGUUGUCUGACAGUGGUAUGAGAUUGUUUAAAUCAGUGGUUCUCAACUGGUCUCACUCAUUCUCUCAUGGUCCUUCAGUCACGACCCACUUUUAUAAAAUUCAAACCAAGAAAAUUUAUAUCUUUAUAAAAAAAAAACCUUUAAAGACUCAAAUCUUUGACAUAAAUACACCUGUUUUAUUAAGUCAAGUGCAUUUCAGAGUACAUGAACUGAGGACAACUACUGAAGUUACAUGUACAGAAAACUGCACAAAAUGGAGACCAACAAAAUGAAAAAAUUGACUUAAAAUUGCACAAAAUAAAGACCAUAAAAAACAUGUAAUUUUCCUGCAUUCAGGUCACAUUAAUAGGAAACCAAUGAGGACCAUGACCUAACACCUGCCUUUCAAUAUUUUUCAAAAUAAAAGACAUGUCAAACAUUAAAUAUUUACUUUUUUGACCAGCUGUUCGGAACCCAUCCAGAACGUAUCCGCGACCCACUUUUGGGUCGGGACCCACCAGUUGAGAACCGCUGGUUUAAAUGACCCAAAAGGAGAACCCUAAUAAUCCAAAUAAAAUCCUUUAUCUGAUCCGGUCAGAAAUGUUGAACAUCGAGCUGAAACUCACUCUGGCAGACAUGUAUCCUGAUCACAUUUACUCUCAUUAAGUUUCAGCCGUUAUUCUGUAAGUUUAGGUAUGGAAGUAAAUCUGUGCCAUCUGAUUUUGAAUUUUAAUCUCUAAACCUGAAUUUCUUUUGCCUAAAUAAUCUAAAUCAGGUCCAACCAGGUGUUCUGUACCUGAUGACAAAGUGUCGUCUUUUAAAAAACAACAAACCAGCGGCUCGUUUUGAUUCAACCACGUCGUCUCAUCAGCUUCUUUGUCCUCUCCUGUUUUUGUUUCCUACCUGACAGGUGAGUCUCUGAGUGAGUGAGUGAGCGAGGAAGCUAGAGAGAGAGAGAGCCGGGAAAAGAGAGAGAGAGCGAGACCGACACCGGGCCAUGGAGCAGCAGAGGCAGAGAGCUCUCUCCACGUCCGGAGAAUCGCUGUACGUCGUCCUGGGAGUGGACAAGAGCGCCACGACAGAGGACAUCAAGAAAUGUUACAGGUACUCAAACUCAGACAUUUUCUGUAGUGACCACUAGAGGGAGUCAGAGGCUCGUCCUAAGAGAACAGCACUGAGUUGAUUUAGUGUUUAUUCUUAUGACAAAACCUCCUAAAUCUCUCUAAGUCGAGUAAAUUUCUGUUUUUGUGGUUCAUAAUCUUUUAAUCCAUGAAAACCAGACGCUCUAUGAGAUGUUUCAUGUCUGAAAAGGUGAAGUUUAGAGGAUUAAAACCUACCGUCAGAGUUGUCAUUUCAGUGCUGUUUGGGUCUCUGUCUUGUGCAGGAAACUGGCGUUAAAGUUUCACCCAGAUAAGAACCCCGACAACCCUGACGCAGCGGAAAAGUUCAAAGAAAUCAACAACGCUCACUCCAUCCUGUGCGACGCCACCAAGAAAAACAUCUACGACAAAUACGGCUCGCUGGGGCUCUACGUCGCCGAGCAGUUCGGAGAGGAGAACGUCAACACCUACUUUGUUCUGUCCAGCUGGUGGGCCAAGGUAGGGCUGAACAUCUGAUUCCUAACCCUCAGUGUUACUCCAGAGUGUCUUCUUCUGCUCCAGGUUUUCAAACCCUGAAGUGUGUUUUUGUUCCUCUCUCUCUGUUCUCCUCAGGCCUUGUUCGUCUUCUGCUGCCUGGCCACAGGAUGUUAUUUCUGCUGCUGUAUGUGCUGCUGCUGUAACUGUUGCUGCGGUAAAUGUAAACCCCGGCCGCCCAUGGACCAGGAGCCCGAGUUCUACGUGUCUCCUGAGGACCUGGAGGCCCAGAUGACCGCUGACGAGAGAGGUGGGGAACCAAGAGAGAACAGAGCGUUUAACCCCUCGGUUCCUGUUCAUUUUUAAGCUCAUCCAGCCGACUUUGACCCCAAAACAGACAUGCAGACAAGUGUUAAUGAAAUAAUCAUUUUUAAACAUUUUUUAAAACUUUUUUGACUCAAAUCUCUUAGAAGACCUCAUCCCUGAUCAUUAAAAAAAUCAUAAAUGCAAAAUUCCAUGUUAUAUCCUUAUUAUGCCAGUUAUUGUGCAACAUGUCACUGUUGUUUUUAAUGGUAAAAAUCACAUAAUCGCCAUAUUUCCUGUACAAAAUGACCUGCGCGGCACUGAAGGGGUUAAAAUGAUGUGCAGCUCAGGCUGUUGUCUCACUGUGGGAAAGUCAAGUUUAGAGCCCUGCUGGUCGACUGACUGUAAAAAUAAAGGUUGUAAUAUGUUGUUAUAGAGCCGUAAACACACGCCCAAAAAAACAGUUUUUAAUGGAAGUCUAUUGGCCGAUUUGAGGACAAAGGAGGGUGGGUGGAGCUAAAAUGUGGCGACAGAGAGCUACAGGUGACACAGAGGAGGAGCCGAGGGUUAAAACAACGUCUGUUUUUGAUCAUUUUGACGUCAAACGGCUGCUUUGCGUCCGUUCUGAUGAGUCUGCGUGUUCUUACUUCCUCAGAUGGCGGGGAGCCCAUCGUGAUGCAGCCGUCCUCCGCCACAGAAACCACUCAGCUCACCUCCGAUGCCCACCAUAGCUACAGGACCGACACAUACUAGACACACACACACACACAAACAGUUAACCAAACAAACACACAACCGGCUGUAACAUGAUCACAGGACUGAUCCUGCACACACACACAGACACACACACACACUCCUCACACUCUCCCGGUCAGCUUUAUUUCCCUCCAUCUACAGCAGAGAAUUAAAAACACUGACCGACCCGCUGACACUAUAAACCAACUCCAGUUUCUUUUUCUGGGUUUUUAAUUUACUGUGAAGGAAGGAGGAAGGAAGGGAAGGAAAAAGGAGGAAAAAGAAGAAUUUAUAAUGACGAGAACAUAACUGAGAUAGUUUUACUUUAUACCCUGAAUAACGAUUCACGUUCGCAAUAACAGAUCAGACGAAACGAUCUUGACCAGAGAGAUGCAGAGAAACAAAGGAAGUGCCAAACUCUCUUAUGAAGGAAAUAAACAUGAAAAACAGUAAAAAAUCACAACAAACACUAAACCUCUGCAUGAUAACGAGUCACUACACAGGAAACCUGAUCAGCGUUUUUACUUUUGGAACUCUAGUCCGGACUUUGAGUAUAAAAUCUUUGUCCAUCAGGAUAGUUACCGUAUCAGAUUAUCAUCAUCGCUGACACGACAGAAGAAAUCUAAGAAGAAAGAGUUAUAGACGUUUAAAAUCCCAGAUUUCCUCUCAGGAGGCGUUUAUUUUCACACAGACAAGAUUAAGUGAUAGAUUUCUAGGACUGGUGGGUCCCUGAGUCCACUGGAUCAGGCUCUAAUCUGACACGCAAAGUCUUUUAACACUCAGAAGAAAGUGGACUGUUGUUAACUCAGACAGAGUCUUCAUCCGUCUCUCUGUUCUCUAAGAAGUCAAAGUCCAGUUUCUUCCCGUGAUGUCUCUGUUUCCACUGAUUCUGUGUUGGAAGGUUUUUGAUCCCGUACAAACGUCAAAAAGAUUUAACGAUGUUUUUAAACCGCCGAAAAAAAGGCAGAGCUGUGACGGUCGAGAGACAUAAGAUCAAGAAUAACUCAUUUGUCAUGCUCUAAAAGUUGUCUACUAUUUACAGAAACAUUAAACAGUCUGAAAGCUGUUGUACAAAAGAUCUUUCUGUCCUGCAGCGAAGAAAGAGAGAAAAUGGAGGAGGAUGUUUUCGUGUCUCCGCUCUCGUCUCAGUCACACCUGCAGCUCUCACAAACUUAAAACAGCAAAAGAAGAAGAAAAAAACAACGACUUUGUCCUUUUAGUGUCCCGUAAAUAUUCAGAAGUGUGUGUCAGCUGUCGAGGAACGAGGUGUCUGUAAAGAAUAUCUGAACCCGGACAUUCAUUCAGCCUCUGAGGGUGGAGGCUGAGGAGAAGAGGUGUGAAUAAUUGGAUGAAAAUCAUAAUUAACCCGUGGACACUUUGGAUAAUCAGAAACCAGUUUAAAGUCGUAAAGAUGAUCUGGUUUCGUCUCUGAGUCAUUUCGACCUGCAGGGACAGGCUUGUUAAGGCUGACAGGAAGUAGGUCAGGGAUCACGUCUAUACAUCCAGAGAGGAGGUGAUAGGACUCGGCGGCGGGCGGGGGUGUUUAUUUGUCCUCAAUAUCCUCGUAUACAUCACCAAGGGAACCCCUGAAGCAUGUAGAGGGCAGCUCACACUUCAACAGGUGCCGCUCUGGCAUCGGUUCCCCUGCUCCUCCUCCUCCUCCUCCUCCUCCUCCUCUUCUUCUUUCGGCUCUCUGUAUCUGAUUAGAUUUCCUCCUUUUUCCUCUUUUUCUUCUCGUCUUCUUUUUCCACUUUAUCCUCCGUUCAUGAAGGAUGGAGCUCCUGAGUGUGUGCUGUAGGAGCCUCCGCACAGUCCAGUGUUAAUCUCAGACACACAACAGGCUCCUUGUUUCCACACAUUAGUGACCUCCUCCUGACAUACUCACACUGAUCUGAUCGAGCCCCUUUUUUCUUUCUUUCUAGUUUUCAUUUUGUUUUGUGAGAAAGUUCAAAUCUUGUACAUGUUGUGUAAUAUGAAUGUUUAGAUUUCGCUUCCCUGUAUUUCUUCAUCUUUUCUUCUCUAGGAUUGCUAUUUUCUCUUUUUCUUUUCACUUAUUUAUGUUGUUAACAAAUGGAAGAUAUUAUCAUCCAAAGUCUUAUUUGUCUGUGUGGCAGCGGUUUUGUAGAUUUUACGAUCCUCGUAGCAACAGAAGAGCAGUUUACAACAAUCGGACGGAUUAGUUAGGGUGUCAUUUUUUCAGAAAACCGUUUUUUUAUCCCUAGAUUUUCUCGAUUUGUCGCACUCAGCUCUGGUAUUUUAGAAAACGCAGAAUCUUUGUGGUUGUUUGUGUCAGUUAUUUAAUUUUAUACCAAAAAAAACUCAAACAUGGAUCCAACAGAACUUAUUUAUUAAUAAUCAUCUCUGAUUCCUUAAUCAAACACCCUGUUUAGUUAAUGUUUCAACAUAUCUCAGAGAAAUAUCAAAAUUCAUAAUUACACAUUUUGAAGGAUGUUUUGGGUAGAUAAAAAGUCCAAAUUUGUUGGGUUUGAAACUUUUUAAAGACAUAAAACAUGUCAGACUGAGAAAAGUCGGAAUAAAUCUGAGAUUAACGAACACGACGAACAAUUUCGGAUUUUCUGUUUUUAGUUUUUUCCCAGUUUCUUCAUUUUAAAAGAUUUUUCUGCUCUUCUGAUAAUAUUUCUGCUUCAUGUCACGUUUAUCUCUGAAUUUCAGCCUAAAAUCCUUUUUUAUAUUUCUGCUAUUGACCGAACACUCAACCCUGUCAGCGAGUUUGUAACCGUGGAGUCAGAAACCUCUGAAACAAUGACAUUAAUAACCAGAACUGAUGUAAGUGUGAAUAUAGCCAUCAGACAGUGAUGAUACUGAAGCAUUAUUUUAUUUAUUUUAAUUUUCUUAUGAUUUUAAUAACUGAUUAACGACUAGCCCGUACGUCGAGGGGAUGUAUAGAGUUUUAGAUGUGAACCAUUUUGGCGGCAAAGCGUCAAGAUGGCCGACCUGCUGUAUAUACACGCAGUGACACCAAACAUAGAGAUGUAGAGAUUUUCUGUGUUUAGCAUGGACUGAUGAUGUCUGCGUCCGUCAGGCACACUUGUGGAUAAAUCAAGUAUCUGAUGUACUGUUGUAAAAUAAAUGUUUCUGAUGCUUCGGAGCCUCACGUC